CUUAUGGUAAACGUGAACGCUUAACUCUCUUGUGAGAGACUCAAGAAUGACUCAGUCAUUGUCAACGGAGUAUUGAGGGUCAUCACGAUCAGUCCUUUAUGUGGGCAGGAUUAACUUCGUUUGAUGCGGUAUUGGAUCACUAAAUCUCUUGGAAACAUUUCUUGACUUCCCCUUGCACUUGUGACUGGAUUCAUUCCGUUCUUCCGGUUCACGAACAAUAACUUUUGCCACCACAACUACCCAACAAGCUUCUUGGGCCUGCCCUUAUCAGCUGCCACUUUCGCCAGUGUUUUUUGCUUGGCAACCCUUACUUGCUUCAUCGACUGUAGAAGUAAGUGUCGCUGCUCACUCAGUCCAGCAUCGAUCUUGGCUGGCAUCGCAAAAAGCAAAACCAAGCAAGCAAAGAGCUGCACCUGCCUGUCAUCUGAAGAAGGAGUUGUGAGGACUCGUCAAUCGAUCCGUCCCCUUGGAUACCCCACGCACUAUCUUCCUCACAUUUCUCCAGCUGGUGACGAAGGAAUUCUCAUCGAUCAGACUCCAUUAUCUUGUCUUAUCUAAGCUUGCCUUCUACCAAGCCCAAGGACCGCUAUUGGUAUCUCGUUAUCAAUCGGUACACAUUCAUCUACUAUUCAAUUCUACUGCCACUGCCAAGAUGGACCGAUCAUCGUCCCUCCAUCAUCAUCAUCAUCAUCAUCAUCACCACCGUUUGGGUAGCAGCAACGGCAGCAGUGGCAGUCUGAAGCAAGCCAAGACAGUGUUACCGUUGCACAAGUACAAUCGUCAACCAUCCGAAGGUUCCCAACGUUCGAAUUCGAAUUCUCCUCCUUCCUAUCGCAACAUGACACAUCGCUUCAACAGCAUCGGAGGGCGUCACAACAACAGCGAAGACAAUGUCACCUUGCCCACUUGGUCGGCCAAUCCACAAUCGCCCGUCGAUGAUACUUCGCCGGGGGGCAGUGCUCGCAAUUCUCCCACUUCCCAUCUCCCACUCCUCCACAAUUCCUACUUGCAUCCUCAUCAAUAUCACGAAUGGAGACGACGCUGUUGUUCUUGGACGACGCUCUUUUACAGUAUACUCCUAGGAGUCACCAUUGCCAUUGCACUACAGUCACGGGGAUCACUCACCGAAAGCAUGGGACACUUGUCACAGCUCAUACACAAUGGACACAUCUUACAGGGGAAACUAGAUGAUGCCGAAAAGGGAAUCAAACUCUUACAGAGAGAAGUAUCGGCAUACGAUGUCAUGCGGCAGCAUCAAAACCAAAACAACUCCCCACAAAACAGCAAUAACAACAAAGCAGCUGCAAUAGCUCCAGCACUAGCACAACCCCACAAUCAAGCCCUCGAAGAAAUGCAACAACUCGAUGCCCGUUUGCGGGACAGUCAAACCAAGGCCGAAACACUCAAACGCACCGUCCAAGCAUUGUCGAAACGAGAAGCCCUCCAAAAAUACGGCAAUCACGUGCAUCGCGUUGAAAUUGAACUCGCAUUUCCCGAUCCACAUCCGCAUUAUCAUCUACACAGCGAGAAAGAAGGACCUACCACAUUCAUUAUCGAAUUGGCACCGAUCGAACUCAUGCCCCAUUCCGUUCACUUUUUUCUCGAAAUGGUGCAUGCGGGAUUACUGGAUGGCUGUAGUUUUAUUCUCAAUGCGUUGCACGUCCUCAAAGCGGCACCACUCCCAUAUGACGGGUCCAGUGCCGCCAACAAGGCACGGGCAUUUACGCGCAUGGGAUUGGAAUCGGUCGCCUUUAAGGAGUACGCUCCGUCGUAUCCGCACGAACAGUAUACGGUGGGUUUCGCCGCCGAUGGAUCGCCCUCGUUUUACAUCAAUACCGAAGACAAUUCCGAAAUUCAUUUGGGUGAUCCCUGUUUUGGGAAAAUCGUGGAAGGAUUUGAUACCGUCAAACGACUCGAAGCCAGUCCGACACGGAAUGGGAUUUGGUUUGAACAACGGAUUGGAAUUCAGCGGGCGACCGUGUUGAUGUAACUAUAUAUGACAAGCAUGGACGACAACAGGAAACGUCGCUGGCUAGCUAUUGCCAGGGUUGAUUGGUAAA